GCGACGAUAACACCUUUGGAUUUUUGUGCUGUGAAAAUAAUGACGUCUUUAAGUGAUAAUAAUAAAUUAAAGUUUAGUGUGGAGAGUAUAUUAGGUACAAAUAACGAAAGUUCAUCAAAAAACGAGCCUAGUGGCCAGGCGGUUAGGGCUCAGGAUCCACCGUGUGCAGGGUGUGUGGCAGCGCUUUACCGGUGCUGCAGGGACGAACCUUCGCCGCUAUUGCAGAUGCCUUUAGCUCUACCAUAUGCUCAUUUACAUCCGGCUUUAAGACCCACAACUGUUUACCAGCUCUCCCUUCCCUCAUCAUCACCUCCGCAGCCCCCUACGCGCUGUGACGUCACAUCGAGCGGGAGAAGAAAACGUUCAUGGUCACGGGCGGUAUUUAGCAACCUUCAAAGAAAAGGACUUGAGCGCCGGUUCCAGAUACAAAAGUACAUUACAAAACCUGAUAGAAGACAGUUGGCUGCUACUUUGGGACUUACUGAUGCGCAAGUUAAAGUAUGGUUCCAGAACCGUCGAAUGAAGUGGCGACACACAAAAGAAGGCCGAGGAGGUGGCGCAGCUGCGUCUGCCAAUAGUGUUCUGCCAGGUAGAGACCCGGACUCCACGAACGACGAUAAUGAGGAAAUCGAUGUAGAUACGCUUAGUGAUUAGUCCGGAAAACUUUUCAGGAUGUACGAAAGUCUAGUUUUUCAAAUCAUGAAGUUCUUGCAAAACAAGUUUCUGUUAAGAAUUAACAAAUGAGACAUUGCGGAAUUUUAAAGAUGCUAUCAUUACCCAGAUUUAAAUUUCUUCCCUCUUCUGUGUGUCUAGUGACUAUUUGUUUUAUUCGAUAAAAGAUACGGGAUCUUUUACCGAAUAAAACAAAUAGUAACUCUACCAUAGUUUACAGUGUUCUAAUUUUACAAAAAAGAGCUGUAAAAUUGUUCACAAUUCUGUAUGGCAAGUUGUAUAGUUCCCCUGAGAACACAAAAAAUAACAUAUUCU